GGUAAUGUGACAGCAUCGUCCACGGUACGGAUACGUAUCCGUAUCCACCAUAUAUAUCCGUCGUGGUACAGAUAAGUUUCAUCGGAUCUCUUCCAGUACAGUUCUCCUCGAUCUCAUGGACGUCUUACCACCAUAUUCCACACGACCGAGCGGUGGGGACGACGGUGGUGCCCAACCACCCUCAUACGAGCUACCCUACCCACUGUUCAUCGGCCAUCGUGCCCUCCAGACACCCUUUGUCAGCAUAUCUCAGCUCAAGGGCCACCUAUGUCUCUUGAGGCACUUUGCCUCCCUCAAGGAACGAGUCGAAGGGAUCGACCGUUCCAGAUACCCAGAUGCCCCCAGCGAUAAGGACCGCAAGUGGUCGUGGUUCGUUGGACUGGCCGUUGAGAGGUUCGAAAGAUGGUGCAAGGCGCUGACAGCUCAAGACGAAUUGGAUUUCGCUGACCAGCAGCUGCCUCCUGUCGAUGUUAUCAUGGUUUGGCAUGCCUACUUGCUAAAUCCUGCGCGGUAUUCUGAAGAUUCGUUACGAAACAAGCACAUCAAGAUACUUGCAAGUAUGGGUGACUGGUUUCGGGACCUCGAACGGACAUGCUACACCAUCGACUCGCCUCCGUCAAACGCCCGUGUCCAGAACUGGCUGCAGAAGACCCAUCUCCCCUAUGAUCCUUUCGAAUCGGCAACGAUAUUGACUGAGCGAGAAAUAGUUUGCCCCGAAUGUCUCAUGAAGGUCGACGUUCGCUUGGUGAAUCCCACGGGUAGUGGAUAUCUCCAGCAGGAGUUCACUACCACGUGUCCGGGGUGCCGACUGAGGAUUACGAAGAAAAAGCUGUCUUUUCACAAACUUGUGAAGGACCUGGUGGGUUCCAGCGAUGUCCUUUCCGGAACUCUUCACACGCCUUACAAUAUCGACAAUUCGAGUCGUGCGAGGGCGAUCAAGUCCCGCAUUUUAGAGAUGAGACCGCCGGCAUUUCGGAAGGGAGAUGCGAUAACCGAACAGGAAUGGGCGGUCGACAUACAGGAGAAAAUGAACUACAGUAUGCAGAAACUUCAAAGUAUUAUGGGCCAGCGUAUGAGGAUACACGGAGGACAAUUGCUGCCUCGAAUCAUGAGCGCGUACGAAGAUGCCAAGAUAUUUUCGUUGGAUCUCGUCGGGGCAGUACUCCGACAAGGAUCGUUUGUGAACAAGAUGGAUAAACUAGGUUGGACAGACCCAGACUUUUUCUCGUCCUCCGAGGAUGAAGUAGCGCUGAGGCACUGUAUUGCUCGUUAUCAUGCAUUCCUGGACCUGAUGUCGUCGUCACCUGCUGGAUUCUUUGUCCCAACGCUGGACAUUGACCUGGUUUGGCACACUCACCAGCUCAUGGCCCGGAAGUACUCCCGCCACUGUCUCAAAUAUGUCGGUCGGUUCGUCGACCAUGACGACAAGGUGGCCGAAAACAAGCUUGCAAACGCCUUCGACAUCACUUGUCGGGCAUGGAAAGACCGUUUCAGGAUCGCAUAUACAUACUGCGGGUGUCCGCUCCCGGGCGACACGAUUGGACAGAAAUUAAGCAGACUCGUAACGAUACAU